GGCUCCAUCAGGUAAAGGCAGACACAGAGUCGCUGAGCUCGGCAAAGAGGAUGAGGCCGAGGCUGAGGUCGGGGCAGCGGCCGAGGCAUCCCCCGAACCCGGGCCCCCCCAUGUUUCUGCCGCCACUGCUGCUGCUGCUCCCGAGGGUCUCGGUCCAGACCCCCACGGCGGACCCGGGGACGCUCGCGUUUGUGACGUCGGUCUACCGGCACGGCGACCGGGCCCCCCCGGGCUCACACCCCAGAGACCACCACGCCGAUGCCGUCUGGCCCCGGGGCCUCCAGCAACUCACACGGCAUGGUCUCCGGCAGCAGUACGAGCUCGGUCGCUUCCUCCGGGCCCGAUACAGGUUCCUGAGCGAGGAGUAUCGGCGGGAAGAGCUCUACGUCCGCGGCACGGACUACGACCGGACGCUGCUGAGCGCCCAGGCCAACCUGGCCGGCCUCUACCCGCCCCGGCCAGCUAAGCGUUGGAGCCCGGACGGCGACUGGCAGCCAGUCCCCAUCCACACCGUGCCUCCCUCUCAAGACAAGCUACUGAAGUUUCCACUGCGGGACUGUCCUCGGUACCAGGAGUUGCUGGAUCAGUCGACAGUAGGAGAGGAUUAUCAAGCUGCCCUGGAGGGCCAGAGGGUGAGGAGGGCCCGAGGAUUGGGGGGCUGGGAUCUGGGGAAAGUGACAGGCCUAGAGCUGGUGGGGGCUUCGCUGCACCGCGUCUGGAGGCUCCUGAACACCCUGCUCUGCCAGGUUGGAACCCCCAAGGCUCUGAGUAUCCCAUCUCCCAGGACUCUCCCCACCCAAUCUGUGUCUUCCCCAUCCCUGGGACUGCCCCCGGGCACGCGCUCUCUCUCUCUCCCCGCAUCUCUCCCUCUGUCUCUACGUGUGGUUCAGUACCUCUCCCGUAGCGAGGGGAUCCUGCUGGACGCCAUCCUGGCCAACUUUUCCCGAGUCCAGCGGCAGGGGCUGCCCCUGAGGAUGGUGAUGUACUCAGCCCACGACAGCACCCUGCUAGCUCUGCGGGGGGCCCUGGGGCUGUACGACGGGCACCAUCCGCCCUACGCCGCCUGCCUCGGCUUCGAGUUCAGACGACAUGGGGAGGAAGAUCAGGGGAACGUGACCGUCUCCCUCUUUUAGCGGAACGACACCGCCGGGCCGCCGCUCACCCUCGCCUUGCCCGACUGCCCCGGCCCCUGCCCCCUGAGCCGCUUCCUUGAGCUGACGGCCCCCGCUCGGCCUCCCCGAGACGGCUCCCCUUGCCGGCGCCCAGGCCGCGCAGACGCCGUGGUGUCCGGGCUGGCCGUGGCUGUCGGGGUCCUGACCGCGCUGAGCCUGGGGCCGACGGGGGUCCUGCUGUGGGGAUGGGGCUGCCGCCGGACGGGCGGUGGACCCGUCUGAGCCCCAGGGUACCGCCCUCCCCGCCCCCCCGGCGCCCGUCGGACAGAGUCGAUCCCCGACGCGCCGCGGGGCACCAAUAAACGAGGGACGAGAAGGUG